UAAAUCUUUUUUUAUAGUACUAAAAUGGAUACGCAAAGUGCAUUGGAAGACAUCGGGAAAGGAAACGACGAUGAACGUUUACCCAAGGAAGAAUACAUUGAGAUAGAGAUACCAUACGAUUUCUACCAAUAUCUUAGUUCGGAGCAGUGCAACAUUCAGAACAUGUGUCGAAUAUGUCUCGCUACAGACAACGAAGUGUUGUACCCUCUAGUUGCUACCAAAGAAAACAAUAUACUAGCGCAAAUGUUUACCGCGUUCACUUCAUUGCAAUUGUUCCCAGGAGAUGGUUUGCCAUCGAGCAUCUGUGAGCCGUGUCAGGCUCAAGUGAUGCACUGCUAUGAGUUCAAGCUAAAGUGUGAGAAGUCCGACUGCAUGCUCAAGUCCAUACUCAAAGGAGAAUUCAUUGCCAAAGAGGAACUAUCUGAUCAUAGCAUGACUGUAAAGCAAGAAUUAGAUAAAGAAAAUAUGGAUAGAAAUGAUAUCAAUAACUUAGGCAUAGAUGAUAAUGUAUUUUUAAAUGAUAAUAUUGAAGUUAAACAAGAACAAGAACUAUUGGAAGAUGUGCAAUAUUUAGAAGAUCUCAGUGAUAACAGUGAUAACCUGACUAUAGUACAAAAUACCAGGAAGAAGAAGAGAAAAAAAGUUGCUGAUGUUAAUGGUGAUUAUAAAAUUCACAGAAAUGCUUCAGUAAGAAGUAAACAUGGGAAUAAAGGGAACUCAUUCCGAUGCAAGAUUUGCUCUAAGGUAUUCCCCAAUUUGAAAACAUUCCACGCGCACGUUAGGAGCAAGCACCCAAGUAGUAAACAUCAGCAUAUGUGCAACCAAUGCACUGAAUCUUUUGAGUCCGAACACGAUCUUAAAGUGCAUUCAGCUAUUCACGUAAAACAUGGAAAUAUUUGGAAAUGUAACCAGUGCUCUAAGGAAUUUAGUACGCGCACAAUGAUACGCCGGCACAUAUUCCGUCACAUGGAGUCGAAACGUCACUCGUGCGAUGUGUGCGGCAAGUCGUUCACGGAGCUGUACGCUCUGCGCAGGCACGAGCGCAUCCACACCGGUGAACUUGUGGAGAAGAAACACAAGUGUACUAUGUGUGAUAAACGGUACAGCAACAGCAGUCUACUAGCGACUCACAUGUCGCGUCACAUAGGGCUUCGCCCCUUCGAGUGUAGCGUCUGCGGGAAGCGGUUCACGACCAACCGACUGCUGUCUUCGCAUCGACUCGUGCAUUCUGAGAGCAAGCCCUAUGCAUGCCAGUAUUGUGAAAAACGUUUCCGUCACGAGUCGACGCGCAACACGCACCACCGCACGCACACGGGCGAGAAGCCCUACGUGUGCGCCGUCUGCGGGAAGAGCUUCAUACAGAACUCCAACCACACGCAGCACAUGAGGACACAUACCGGUGAACGCCCAUACUCAUGUUCGAUAUGCGAUCGCAAGUUUUCAUCAGGGUCUUCACUGAAGAGUCACGAGCGAAUACAUUCGGGAGAAAGACCAUACAGCUGUGAUGUUUGUGGGAAAGGGUUCACCCGCAAGAACUUAAUAGCUCACAUGCGCCAGCACACGGGUGAGCGUCCGUACGAGUGUAGUCUGUGCAACAAGAAGUUUCCGAAUUCCACCAGACUCAGGGAUCAUCAUAGAGUGCAUACUGGUGAAAAGCCGUUUGAAUGCACAAUAUGCCCUCAAAAAUUCGCAACGAAAUCUCAACUGUUGAAACAUUGUAAAACCCACCAAAAGAAGAAGAGGCGAACUGAAACCCGUGGUCUAGUCAUAUUACAACAAGUUGAACCCGUCCCCAUGGUUACCGAUAGACUAAUAUUCAAUAAGGACCAUGGCCAAUUAAUUGCAGUCACUGAAAAUAUAGAAAACAAGACGCUUGAAAACACACCCAAAGAACUGACUUUGAACAUGGUGCAAGAAAUGCCCUUAGAAGUUACAGAAGAAUUGGUGUUACAAGAUGAUAGUAAUAUGAAGGGAAACCUUCUUGUAGUUGAUGGUAGUCCCAAUAACAACUAUGAAGCUGGCAACAUUUGUUUGAACACAAGCAAUGUCAAUAUUAUUGAUGAUGUUAACUAUGAUGGUGAAAAUCUGGUAACACUGAAUGGAGGCGGAGUCAGUAUUUCUACGGCUAACCUCGAAGGUACUACAGUGAAACUGUACCAGUUAGACCAAAGUUUAGUACAAAUACAUAGUUCUGGUGGGCAAGUCACUAUUAGUAAGAUUAGUAGCAAAAUGACUGCCAACUUUUAGUUUUAGUAUAAGAACAAAUAAAGUAAGAUAGCAAAACAAUGAGGUAUUACAAUAGUAUUUAUUGGUAUUUUAAAUAUAUCCUUGUAUUUUAAACUUCUUUCCUUCUAAAGUAAGAAGCACAAUAAUGGAAAAAAAAGUUUUAUGGGAAAAAGACAGUUGAAGUGUUCUGAAGACGGUUACAUUUUUUUUUUGUAUUAAUUUGAAACUGUUAAUAAUUUUAAACCUAUUUGUUUUGUUAGAUAAUUUCAGUCCCAGUAUACCUAUUGCCAGAAAGAGUAUUUUAAGUAAAGAUUUUAAAUAAAAAGACUAAAUAAGUAA